AUGUCAACCACAUCUACAUGUCUCCAGGUUGAAGAGUUCCACAAGACUCCGACUACCUUCCAUAACAACUUGUUUUCAAAGCCCCUCUCAGAUUACUCUAAUGAGUCAAGAUCUGAAAGCGAACCUGCUUCUCCACGGUCGGAAGAGUCAACACAACGAGUUCUGCUUCUCAAGGGGGCUCGUGAACAAUAUGCACUGGUGAACGAUCAUGCUAUUCCUUCCGUCUUACAUGAAGGAGAGAUUCUUGUCAAGGUUCUUGCCAUCGGUCUCAACCCUGUUGACUGGAAAGGACCGGCGUUCAACUUUGGUAUACCCAGCCUGCCCUGGAUCAACGGACGUGACCUGGCCGGCCUCGUACUACAAGUACCCAAAGGAUCAUCACGUCUUCGUGUAGGCGAUGUUGUUCUGGUACCAUCAACAGAUUAUCGAGAUAUCAGAAAGGCGGCGUUCCAAGAAUACGCCAUUGCUACCGACUUCAACGCCGCCCGAAUCCCAGCUUCAACAUCUAUUCACGCUUCGGCUUCUGUAGGGGUUGCCUUCGUAGCCGCGGUGUUGGCUCUGGGAGUCUCAUUUGGAAUAGACUUCUCUCGCAUUACACAGUCCCCCGGUCCCAAUCUGCCCAGCAUUAUCAACAGACUUGACAAAAAUGAUAUUCCAUCCGACAUUCGAGAAGAGUGCUUUGCUUCAUUAUCAAACUCAGAAAAGCCACAACGUGGUGAUUGGGUUGCUAUCUGGGGAGCCUCAACUACCACUGGCCUGAUCACUCUUCAAUUAGCUAAGCUCGCAGGGUUACGUGUUAUCUGCGUAGCAGACGCCGCCCGCCAUGGAGCAAAACUUUUACAGUCCGGUGCAGAUCUCUUGGUCGAUCGACAAGACCCCGAUCGUGCAGUGGAAGUUAUUCGGGGUAUCACCGGUGGCAAACUUCGAUAUGCUAUUGAUAUAGUCGGAAGGGAGACAGCAACUCUGCUUGAGAAGACGCUAGAUCCCGAUGGCCAUGCCCAUCUGCUUGGACUUAGCGGUCUGCCUAAAGAACAGAUACCCGGAAUACAAUAUCACACUGUACCGAUUAAGCUUUUCCACACUGCUCCUGCAGUAGGUGAAGCAAUGGUCUGCUGGCUGGAGGAUCUUCUGCAAUCGACAAAUCUUACGCUGCCGGAGAUUGUUCACGCUGAAGGUGGUUUGGAAGGUAUCAAUGCUGCGCUAGAGACAUUGCGAAGUGGGUCGGUGUCUGGGAAGAGGAUUGUCGUCGAUCUGGGGUCUUCGUCGGUAUAG